AUGGCACCGCCAGCACCGGCACCGGCCAUCAAGAACGACCCGGUGCCAGCCACCAAGGUCGCCACGGCCCUCAAGCCGGCGGCGGUCGAGACGCUGCGGUCGAUCAAGAAGUUUCCGGAGGAGGAGCCCGCCCCGGCGGCGAGCGCCUGGCAUGGCAAGGCGCCCCGCGGCUCCACGCCGUCGGCCACAAACUCGGUGCUCUCGCCGCCUGGCGCGACGGUCAAGCCCAAGACGGUCAACCCCAAGGCCCCCAAGAAGGGCAACCCCAAGACGACCACGACUGCCACGCGGAAGAGCUCCGUCUCCGCCUCCGGCUGGCUCUCGUGGCCCAAGCUCUGCUGGCACAACGUGCUCUGCACCGUCUUCACCUGCCUCAUCGCGGGCGCGAGCGGCGGCGCCUUCGCCUAUUCCUCGCGCGGCUCUGACGGGCUCCUCUCUUCGAUCGUUGUGCCCGACGCGACGGCCCUCCCGACCGCUCCUGUGAAGGCCAGACUAGGGCUGCAGGGCUGCAAGCUCGUGAGGCAGACGAGCAAGGCGCAGUGUGAGCACGGGCGAAGCUUUGGGCUCGUUUACUCGUUUGGCAUCGCUAACCAGUGGACUUUUGAAGACUGGGCCGCAUCGAGGGGCUUCGAGGUGCACGCCUUCGACCCGACGACCCGGACGCGGGCUGCUCACGAGGCGCAUAAGACCAAGAAUGUGCACUUCCACUUCAUGGGGCUGGGCGCGCUCCGCGGAAAAGCGGGCUCCCUUGUAACGGCAGGCUAUGGAGCGCUCGGUGGUGAGGUGCUGCCAUUCGACGCAAUUCGCGAGAGGCUCGGUCACACCACGCGGCUCAUCCAGCUUCUCAAGAUCGACUGCGAAGGAUGCGAAUGGGAGGCGUUCGUCGACGCCGCAACUCGCAUGCCCUCAGUACUUGAAAAGGUCUGCACCAUAAUCCUGGAGAUACACGUGUCGCGAACGCUGCAGAUGAACACCACGGCUGACCUGAGGCGCAUGGCGGCCUUUUGGGAUCUCUACGUCGUCAAGAUGGGCUUCCGCUUCUGGUACCUGCACGCCAAUCCAGGCGCAGCGUGGGACCGCACUGUCCAUCCGAUUCUCGCCCAGCUUGGUCUAGACCCGAGUAUCUGCUGCUACGUGAUCGGUCUGCAUCGCGAGACGGCUGAGUGUGCCGCGCAGGAAGCCGUCAUUCCCAGCGCUCCUGCGGAAUUUAACGGAACAGCGAGCCAAGGCAGCAGCGCUGAGAGGAUGCACGCCGAGCGCGGGCGGGGUGUUUUUGUGAUCUUGGCGCAGAACGGUAACCACUCUUCAUACGGUCGUGACUCGGUGGCGCUCCUGAGGCGGACAUUGCGCUACUUUUACCAUUACUACAACAAGCGAGAGCGGGACGACGUGCGCAUUUGUCACUCGGGCGACUUCGAUGCCCAGACACAAGAGGCCGUUGCCGCGGGCCGGAGAGAAAUCCGCUUCCUGCACCUCAAGGGCGACAACUGGAAGGUCUACCCGGAGUGGUUGGCCCUGUCGAACCGCUCCGCUUGGAGAUCGACAGAGUCGGAUGGAUACCGAAUGAUGAUCCGGUGGUACGCCGUGCGGAUCUGGCCGACGCUUCACGAUAUGGGGUACAAGUGGGUGUGCCGGCUCGACGACGACUCGCUCCUGCUGAGUGAGAUCCCUUUCAACCUCUUCUCCUUCAUGCGCUCGCGCGGCUUCGACUACGCGUACCGAAAUGUGGCCAUGGAGCGCGGCGGCUGGGACGGCAACGGAAAUUAUGGCGACAAGUGGUGGGAAUGGGUCAAUCUGUACGUGAGCAAAAUGAAGCUGCAGCCAAAGUGGCUCUUCGAGGCGAACGCAUGCCGCGAACGCAGCUUCUUGCACGAGAACUGCGGCAAGGAUUUCUUCGGUUUCUAUAACAACUUCUUUGUGGCCAACAUCGAGCGCUUCCUGGAGCCAGAUAUACAGAACUUGCUCCACGAACUCGAUGAGUCAGGCCUUAUGUUCAUGAGUCGGUGGAAUGACCUGAUUAUCCAGUCCCUGGCGGUACAGCUGUUCGUGCCCAAGAGCCGCGUGCACCGCUUCACCAGCUUUGGGUACGCCCACAACUCUGGACACGCCGACACGCUGCGCUACGGCAUCGUGCAGCUUGCAGCGGGCCUGCCCAACCCAGAGCGCGCGAUGGAGAAGGCGGCAGCCGGCGCGGCUCGUCGAGAGGCCGCCUCCGCGAAGCGACGCUGCGAGGCGCUCGAAGCCAGCCUAGCUUCAAAGCAAAAGGCGCUUGCACGUGCAAAGGCUGCCGCAGUUGCCGCCGCCGCCGCCGCCGCCUCAACCACCGCCGCCGCUGCUGCAUCUCCGCCGCCGCCGCCGCCGCCGCCGCCGCCGCCACCACCACCACCGCCACGAGCUCCACCGCCGCCGCCGCUGCCGCCGCCGACGGCCUCGCAUGGCUACGACAUAUGCGACCGUCAGAACCAGCGGUGCCAGGUAGAGGCGCGCGCUCGCCUCGAAGCCGCCGCCGCGUCGGUCCUCCGGCACUCGGCGGCAGAGGCGGCGGCGCGGGCGCGCUUCGAGACGGCAGCUGCGGCUGCAGCGGCGGGCGGUGCAGCGCUCGAGGCGGGCGCGGCACGCCGCUCUCCGCGGGGGAGCAGCCGGCGGCGCGCCGACGACACCGUCUUUGCCUCGGCCUCCGCCUCCUUCGCCCCGUGCGGGGCUUCGGGAAUGCGCAUCCCCGACCCGGCCCCGGACCUCCAUCCCUUCGAGGCGGCGCGGCAGGACCUUGCCCCCUCGGCCGCCGCCUGCGCCGCGUGGGUGGCGGAGGCGCGGCGCGGCCGCAUCGAGGCGGAGGCGGAGCGGCAGGAGGCGGAGGCGGCGGCGGCGGCGGCGAGGCUGGAGGCGGCCGAGGGGAGGCGGCGGGCGGAGGCGGCGGCCGAGGCGGUGGCGGAGGCGGCGGAGCAGGCGGACGCCGCCGAGUCGCGCUCGCUUCGUGCCGAGGCGGCGCUGCAGUCCCUGGCGCUGCAGCCGGCCGCGCCGCAGUCGACCGCGCCGGAGCGUUCGGGCGGCGGCUCUCUCCUGCCCGCCGCGCUCGAGCGACGCGAUGGGCCGGCCGACACUGGCGGGGGCGGGAGCGAGGGAGGCGGCGGCGGCGGCGGCGGCGGUGCUCGCGCUGCGGAGGAGGCUCGAGGCGGCCAGCCUCGAGGCGGUCAUCAGAAGCGAGCUCUCGCUGACACGUUUAGGCGCUUCGCCGGCUGCUCGCCACGGCGGGCUUGGCCGGCCGGUGGGGCGGGGAGGCGGGGGCGGGAGGCGGCGCGGAGCAGGACGGUCGCGGGCCCGCGUGGGUAG